GUAAUGAAUUUGGACAUCCAGAGUGGUUGGACUUUCCUAGACAAGGCAAUAAUGAAAGCUACCAUUAUGCAAGGAGACAGUUUCAUUUAGCUGAUGAUCACCUUCUUCGCUAUAGAUUCCUAAAUGUGUUUGACAGAGAUAUGAACAAAUUGGAAGAAAGGUUCGGCUGGCUUGCAUCACCUCCGGCCUAUGUGAGUGAAACACAUGAAUCAAACAAAGUUAUUGCUUAUGAGAGAGCAAAUCUCCUAUUUAUAUUUAAUUUUCAUCCAUCCCAAAGCUAUACAGAUUACCGAGUAGGUGUAGAAACACCAGGAAAGUAUAAAAUUGCCUUGGAUUCUGAUGCUCCAGAGUAUGGAGGACAUAGUAGACUGGAUCAUACUACAGAAUUCUUUUCUCAGCAGUGUCCACAUAAUCAUCGAUCUAAUUCUCUUUUGCAACCCAAUGCACUGAAUGAAAGUGAUGGCCAAAGCCGAGGACACCAGCACACACACCACUUGAAGGUAUACAUUCCAAGCAGAGUGGCAAUCGUGCUUCAGAACAUGGAUAUCCAGAUCUAAAGGCUUGCAACUGGCUCCAUUAUUUCAGAGGUCAAGAAAUAUUUGAUGAUAAUGACAUCCAUAACUUAUUGGGGUUUUUUUUCCUAUAUAAAGGUGUGUUCAUAUUAAGAAAUUCAAAUGAGCAUUUAUUUAUUUAUAACUGCAAAUCAUUCAUAUUAUAAAAUGUUUAUCCAAAGAGAUUAUAAUCAUGGAAGAAAGAAUGAAUUAUGAACCAUUUGUAUUACAGAAUUGGAUUUCAGAAACAGUUUGUUCUCACAGUAAAGGCUGGAGCGCAUUACAAGGAAUGAUGUGCUUUCACAGUUCAAAAACUGAAUGCUAUAUUUUCAGUUUGUUCUAAUCUCAUUUGGGUGCAUUUUUCUGAUUAGAUCCCAUUUUGUAUUAGAAAUAAGUAGCCGUGUGAUGCACUGACACUUGAUUCAAGUUAUAUUGUGUUUUUGUGUGAUACAUUACUACGUGAAAAAUUGUUGUUUUGUUUAUUUGGAAAAAGAGAGAGAGAAAGAGGAGAAAAUAAAGCAACCUCACUGAGAGUAAGAUAUGGAGCUCAUAGAUUUAGGUAUGUCAAACAAUAUAACCAUAGUAAGUCUUUUAAAAUGUGCCUAUUUUUUUCUUUUUUAUACUGCUACAAAAUUAAGAUAUUAAUUUAUGUAUUCUACCUAGAGCAUUAGGAAUCACACAUUCUUGGUAAACAUUUAAAAACAAAUUAAACCAUGUCCACUUUCCUGUAUUGUAUUGCUUCACAAUAUAGACUUUUUAAAAAGUCCUAACAGUUUCAAAUAUAUUUUGAAUUAAGUAAAUUCAUGUUCCUUUUUGUUAAAGUAUGUCACUGAUAUUGACUCAUCUGCAUCAUCCAAUUCAAUCAACUUAACUACGCUGCUGACUAGUUAUGGCUUCACAUCUUUUGAAACCAAGCUAUUUGUUAGUUAUCAGUGAACAAUGCAAGAGAAUUCUUUUUAUCAAGCUCAAAAUGGGGUAUUCAAUAAUCAAUUUUCAAAAAAUUAAUAUUGGUAGCAGAUAUAUGUGGAUUGAAUUCUGAAGUUACAGAACUUAAAAAUACCUUGUACAAAAAGUUAUUUCAGUUUUGCUUUACAGUCAGUGUUGAUAUGUAAUUACAAAAAAGAAAGAUUCAGUACUGAAUGGUUAUGAGUUAUUAUUUUGCUGUUUUUGUCAAGACCAUAAUACCAGUGCCUUGCUAAGUUCCCCUUAUUUUAGAUCAAGUUUCUUAGUGCUAUGUCUAGUUGGCAUGUUCUGUUUCAAAACUAUUUGGAAACAUUUUAAUGCAUCUCCAAGCCAUUCAUGUUAGAAAUCGGUGAACAAGAAAAAUUGCAGAAUUUAUUCCCACCAACCCUAAAAGCUAGGUAAUAUUUACACAAGAAGAAACUUCAUUUAUCCUGCCAGCAUAUUUCCACAAACACCACCAGGCAAGAAUAUCUGAGAAGUUUGAGAUAAACACCUCAUAACCUAAUGAAUAAAAUUUCUUUCGAACACUAAAUAUUUCAGUGGAAUACAAGCAGUAUAUACUGUAUAAAUCCUGUAGCUUCUGAUGUAUUUAAUUCUCUGAGAAAUCAUAAAUCCUAAAGUUUAGGUUAAUUACCUGUUCAACCAUUUCCAGUUCCCUGAGGAAGAUUCAGAUAAGUUAUAACUGUCUUCACAUUAUUUUAUUCAAACUGGAGUGAAAUAAGUCCCAUAAAUAUAUGGUGCACUUUCAUUAAAUGUAUAUAUUAACAUAACAUAAUGAACAUGGUAUUGUCUCUAGGUUUGUAUAUGUGGUGUAAGAAUAUUGUCCAUAUCAAACGUUUAUGUAAGAAAACAGUACAUGUGAUGAGAUAUUGUAAAGUGACAUGCAAAUAAAGAAAUGUAAAAUUGGUGUUUGUGCAUUUUGGUAUCGUAAA